AUGCCUUCGCUACCACCAGAGAUCAUACGCAAAGGUAAACUCUCGUAUUCGAGUUAUCAGCACGCCGCUCACAUAGAUAAACCAGUCUUCGUCCAUGUGGGGAACACCAAACAUCGUAGUGCCUUGUUGCCACUCGCCCUGGUGUGCAAGGAGACUCAAACUUGGAUGACCCCUUUGCUCUAUCAUUCUGUCCACCUGACCAAGGCUCGACAUAUUCGCAAUAUUUAUGAGGCUUUCAAUCACUCUGCGUCCCUUAUUCAGCACCUCUGGAUUGGUCCAGUCGACGGGGCAUACAAUGCCGAACUCGAUUACGGGUCGCCGUCAUGGCCUGUCGUUGUUGUUCACGACCUUCUCGCCCUCUGUUCAAACCUACGAUCACUCACUAUCAUCAACUUGAGCCAGAAUCUCUUCUACCAACUUGCAGAUGUGAUACCUGCCUCGAUCGAAUCGCUCUCUAUGGGACCCAUCCACGGUCCAUUAAUUCUCGGGCAUCUCAUGCAGCGUCCUCGUAUCCGCAACUUCACGAGCGGCCAGUCGUACAUGCGAGACGACGAGGUGCAAGACAUCAUCCUUUCGCCUUAUCUUCGCCGCUUCCGACGUAUUGGCUUAGGCUCGGCGUAUUCUUCCGCGGUUGCACAGUCCGAGUGUGUUUCGGUGUCGCGGACGCUCGAGGAGAUGCAAAUUGUGCUAUGUGGGCAGGAUCGGGGAUCGGAAGUGCUUGAGCGAAUUAUGGAGACAACGCUACGCUCGUACACAGACGACAAGCGUGUGUCCGUCACCCCAAAUCCGCUGCAUGACUGGAUAUCGGUGUUAUUUGAAGAAUUUCAAGUCGAGUACACUAUCUUCGUCGGUACGGCUCUUCUUUCCGGCAAAGUCUCCCGCUGA